CAUCACAAAUCCAGCACAAAACUACACCAUUGCUCUAAAUGUGAUGAAAGAUUUGAUUCAUCUUUCCAACUAAAAAAGCAUCGCGACUCAUGCGUUCUUCAAAGCAUCAAGCCAAAAUGCUGCGGAUGCUAUCGAGAGUUUGAUUCGUUUGAUUUGCUAAAAAUUCACUCCGAGACGGAACAUAAACCGUCUGAAUCUGAAACACACUCGAAGAGUGACGAAAAUGGAACCAAAUUUACGUGCGACAUAUGCUACCGGUCCUACAAAACACGUCGCAUACUGGCCGACCACAAGCAGCGGCCCUAUCGCACAAAGCAAUACCAAUGUGCACGGUGUGGGAAAUCAUUUCGUGAUAAGUCUUCCCUGGAUGAUCACGAACGGCUACAUGAAGGCGUUCGUCCGUUCACGUGUAUCGUUUGUGCAAAAACGUUCUCUCGGAAAGAUUCUUACCGCAAGCAUUUAACGUUGCAUACAGUCGCUUCCGAUCGGUACAAGUGUGAUAUUUGUGGUAAGGGUUGCCGUACGAAGGGUAAUUUGAAGGAUCAUUACAUCACCCACAGCGGGACGGAACGAUCGCAAAAGUGCCCGUUGUGCGACAGUCGCUUUGCAAGGAAAAGUUGCCUGCAGUCACAUAUGCGUUUGCACACGGGUGAAAAACCGUUCGCAUGCAGACAGUGCGAUGCACGGUACAUGUUUUCGACCGAUCUUCGGCGACAUGUGAUGACACACAAGGGUGUAAGGCCGUUUGUUUGUGAGGUAUGUACGCGAUCCUACUCUAGAAGGGACUAUCUUCUAAAGCACGUUGCUGUGUCCCAUUCGGACGAAGCUAAUCUGAAAGGCGGGAUGAAAAACGAUGUUGUAAAAGUGAGGCAAAAUACUCCCAAUGUUGAUUCGAAUAAUGAAUAA